GACUUUAUCUUGAAGAUGGCAUCAUGCCUUUAUGAAUGCCUUCGUGAGGCAGACCUCGAAAAAUACUAUCCGCAUUUUGCUGCCUUUGGUCUUCAGAAUAUUGACGAGCUUGCCAAAGUUUCCAUGGAAGAUUACACCAAACUGGGGAUCCAUGACAUGAACGACCGCAAGCGGCUCUUUCAGCUCAUUAGAAUAAUCAAAAUUAUGCGAGGGGAAGGCAUUGCAGACUCAAGCAAGCAGGAUUUUCAACCACGUGGCCUUUUCAUUCAGCCUCAGGUGGCCAGGUCAGGUCCCCGUAGGCAGCUGCGUUUUGAGUCCUUCUGUGAAGAGAAUGAUGGAACAGUUAAAGACUCUGAACCUGAGCUGUAUCAUUCAUCCGAUUUCAGUGCCAAUGAAGAGAAGGACAGUGCAGGGGAAAUGCUGGGACUCAUUGAACCACAGGACUCAGAGCCAAUCAGAUUAACUAGAAGGGACCUGAAUACCCCUGGAAUAUGCACAAAAAAGGACCUGAGCUGUCCAGCAGUUUCUGAUGAUAUUGCCCCUCUCCUGGGGGAUUCUGAAGCUCCUAUUGUGCAAAGAGUAACUCAUAUUUCAGGGUAUAAUUACGGACUACCUCAUUCCUGUAUCAGAUCCAGUACUUCUGAGAAAGAGACUCCGUGGACAGAGAGUGAGAAAAUCAGAGUGUGUGUCCGAAAACGUCCUCUAAGCCUGAGGGAGGAGCGACGGGGGGAGGUGAAUAUCAUCACAGUGAAAGACAGAGAAACCCUGCUGCUCCAUGAGAAGAAGGAGGCAGUUGAUCUUACACAAUAUAUUUUACAGCAUGUUUUUUAUUUUGAUGAAGUCUUUGGGGAGUCAUGUACCAAUCAGGAUGUGUAUAUGAAGACAGCCUAUCCUCUCAUUCAGCAUAUUUUUAACGGAGGCAAUGCCACCUGCUUUGCCUACGGGCAGACUGGUGCUGGCAAGACUCACACCAUGAUAGGAACUCACCGGAACCCGGGACUCUACGCCCUGGCUGCCAAGGACAUCUUCAGACACCUGGAAGCCUCACCGUCAGGGAAAGACCUUUUUGUCUUCAUCAGUUUUUAUGAGAUCUACUGUGGGCAGCUUUAUGACCUACUAAAUGGAAGGAAGAGACUUUAUGCAAGAGAAGAUAGCAAGCACGUGGUUCAGAUAGUUGGACUGCAGGAGGUCCAGGUGGAGUCUGUAGAUGAACUGCUGGAGGUGAUUUUGAAGGGGGGGAAAGAACGUAGCACAGGAGCCACUGGAGUCAACUCAGAUUCCUCUCGAUCUCAUGCCAUCAUCCAAAUUCAAAUUAAAGAUGCGGCCAACAGGAUGUUCGGAAGGAUAUCAUUCAUUGACUUGGCUGGCAGUGAAAGGGCAGCUGAUGCCAGAGACUCAGAUCGACAAACAAAAAUGGAAGGAGCAGAAAUAAACCAAAGUCUUUUAGCACUGAAGGAAUGCAUUCGGGCGCUGGACCAGGAACACGCGCACACUCCUUUCCGGCAGAGCAAACUGACUCAGGUGCUAAAGGAUUCUUUCAUUGGCAAUUCCAAGACGUGUAUGAUAGCCAAUGUGUCACCUAGCCAUUUAGCUACAGAGCAUACCCUGAACACUCUACGGUAUGCUGACAGGGUCAAAGAGCUGAAGAAAGGGAUUAAAUGUUCUACCCCUGUCACAAACAGGCGUCGCAGAGCUGGAAACGUGUCUCCAAAACGCGUCCAGAGCACUCCCUCUUUGCCACCUGGGGAAAAGAGCUCUCCAAAGAAAGUGAAGCUAGGCCUACAGCAUCCCUCAAGUGCUAUGAAAACAAAGGUAUAUCCUGCAGCACUGCAGCCACCUGGUGUCCCUCUUACCUCUACCCCAAGGGCAGUCAGCAAAGGAUAUGCCUGCAAAGGAAAUACCAGCAUACCGUGCUUCCAGCUCCUGAGCCCAAUUAAGGGAGUCCUACGGAUAGCACAUUGCCUGAAGAAGAAAACUGAUGAUCUAUCUCCCCCCUCUGAACAGAGUCCCUCUGUGAAGGAUUUCAUCACCGCAAGUGCUGCCACAGAUGAAACAAGGGAGAGUGGCCAGAGAGACAAGUAUAUGCAAGACAGAUCACCUGUCCAGUGCCUGAAAGUCCAGACAGUGCAACCUGUUCAGAAACAGCUCAUUUCUAGAGAUGAUAUUUCCUUUGGAGAAGGAAGUCUGCCCUCUGACAGCAGACAGGAAUGGGGAAAUACUUUUGCUAAACAAUGUGUUGAACCCUGGACGUAUCUGCCUCCAUUUCAGAAGGAGAGGGAGGAGCACUUACGUCUUUAUCACCAGCAGUUUCAGCAGCCACCUAUUCUACAACAAAAAUUGAACUAUCAACCCCUUGAGACGUUUUUAAUGCAGUACAAGCCUGAGGAGAUUCAAGCAAAACAAGAUCUGAGCCUUACUCCCACAGAAAUGCAGAACAAAGAGGGGACGCAGCUGGAAGAUCUGGAUGACAGUGAUUUCAGUGAAGAUUCUUUCUCACCUAUCUGUAGUCAAAAAAGCGUGAAAACGGGAAACACCAACAAAUGCAGUCAGCAUUCAUUUUUCCUUCAUGAAAGAGAACAAGGAACUGAAGAAGAGCAAAAAGGCCAAAAGCGGCAGGAUUUAUUUUUUAAAUAUCCAGUACCCAUGCAAGAGCAUGAACUGGAUGACAGCUGGGGUUGCAUCGAGGGCAGCCCAAAGGCAGAGGAAUCCAUUAAGAAUGCAGGCUGCAGCAGAACUCCAGCAGACUGGAACUAUGACUUAGCUAUUGAGUCCCCUCCAAGCAAUACUGCAGAAAAGCCUUACUGCCUGCAGGAAGAUCCUGCUUGUAGCUGGAAACAUGGCAAGGAUUUCCUAGCUGAUCACAAAGAGUACAAAACCAAACACAGAUACCUUGUUUACUCCAGUGAAGCCACCUUAACUCCAGAAAAGGAUAUGUCAAACCCAUAUGUAUCUCUUGUAUUGAAUCCAGGAACUCCAGAGUGCAAAGAGAUUGAUCUCUGGCGUGAGGAGAGGGAAGAACCCACUUUGGACAAACAGGCUGCCCUCGCAGGAGAUGUACAGUGGAAAGCUCGUAAAAGUGGAGUUAACCACUGUGUCUCUUCCAGCUGCUCCUCAGAAUUCACUUCCGAGCUAAUGGGCCCUCUCCCGGUGUCCCCUCUUGGCUGUGAGGAAACAGCUGAUGCAGAGAAAGUCUCUUGCCACCGAGAGAAGUCCCCCGGUGAGAUGCAGGCUGCAGGCAGUGGCACGCAGGGCUCCCCGGGCGGGUGUGAGGAGGAGGGCUGGCAGUGCACGAGGAGCAGAGCCCUGACAGACAGCAUGCUGGAGCUGGGCGAGCAGAGCCGGCUGGCAGGAAGGGAUCGCGCCCCGCUGCGCUCCCCACAGGCCGGGCACCGCUGGCUCCCGCCCGCCUGCUGCCCUGCCAGGCCCUGCUGCUGCUGCCGCUGCGGGGGCUCAGCACAGCAGGGAGGUGGCUUGUGUGCUGGGCCUGACCCCACAGAAGCACCCACAGCUGGAUCCUCGAGCGCCAGGGCGGAGGGAGAGGGUGGGCUGUCCCACAGUGGCUCUGCGUGCAGGGAACAUGCAGGUGGCAGGCAGGGUGAUGCUGAUGUUAAAGAUGGUGCUGGUAGUUCAGGAAAAUCCAGCUCGAGUCAAGGACCCAGUGCUGAGCCCAUGGUUGCAGAAACAAACGCUGAAACACCUGAAAAGAACUGUUUUUCAGAGGCAACGUGCUUUCUCAGUGUGGGGCACACGGAUCAUGCAGCCCAGUCCCCCUCUCAGGAGAACAGCCUCCAGGUGCAGCCCAAGUCAGGAGUGAGGAAUGAGGACCUCACCCAUUCUGAAGACCCUGCCAGGCCAUCGUUCAGUAGUGAGGAAACAGCAUUGCUAAAAAACCAGUUAAUACAGAGUGGUUUUACACAAGAAACUUCUGCUGCAGAUGCAGGAUGUGCAACCAAAGAUGAUAAGCCAACAGCAAAUGCAAAGAGCCCCUCAGGCAUAUCCAGCAGCAGCUCUCCAAGUGCUACAUCAGAGAUGGGGAAGUGGCAGAGGGAAGCCCUAGAAAAGGCACAACAGGCUGUAAUUCGUGCCCAUGAGGAGCAGCUGGAUGAAAUGGCAUGCUUGUGCUUCAAGGAGCAGUGCUUGAUAAAUCAAAUGUCAGCAAUGGAUUUUCAGAACUUCACCACCAUGCUGGAUGAAAUCUUGGUACUGAAGUCAAAGUGUAUCCAAACGAUGCGAGCCCAGCUCCAGCUCUGUUUAGCCUCUCCUGGCACGGACAUGUCACUGCAACCACCUCCACCAGUUUAGACCUUCUUUGCUUCCACAGGCACAGGAGCAGCUAUGGAAAACGCCAGCCAGCACUUUGCUGCACUUGGUGCCGCAGAGUGUGGGUGGUAGGGGAUAGCUUUUGGUUUGAUGUGUGUGAUUAGUGUGUAUUUUAUAUAAGGACGAAGAGAAUUCUGAGUAAAUGA